AUGAAACCAGAUCUUUCAGUUCAAAAAGAGGUAAAAGGUGAUGUGCAGAUCUUGACAUCUGGCCUCGUAAUGCCUCAACCAACACCAAGUGUUGCCCCUAAAGGGAAUGGAACAAAAUAUGUUUGUGUGGCUGUUACUGUUGUCUUAGUUGUUGCCAUGGUGAUAGGAGGAUUCUUUGGAGCAUUGUAUAUGAUGCAUCACACAACAUUGAAAACAGUUGAAACAACCAUAAAUGCUGCAGGCAGACACAUGAAAGAGAAGAUCCAGAUUGAUGAGAAUAAAGAGACUGCCACAUUGGAGGGAAUCGAUGAUCAAACUCAAUAUAUGCUCAUUAUGGACUACAAACAUGGCUUAAGUAUUAGCAGAAUUUGGAUGAAUGGGAGUGAGCCCCGCUGUUUUGUAGCACACUUAGACAAGAAUGGAUUUCCAACCAUCCAAGAGAUGGCAAGAUAUUUGGAAAAACAACCAGCAGACCCAGAAUUUGAGAGCAGUUUUGAUCCUACAAGACAGAGCUUCUCUGUCGAUAUUGAUCCAAUAGAAGACAUCAGUUUCCUUGGAGAUGAGGUGGAAGCCAUGUGCAAGGGCCUGCAAGCAUACUGGGCCCACCCCAGGAACCCACCAAAACAAGGGAAGGCUCUGAUGCGGCAGAAGCGGGAUGACAAUGAUGAAGAAGACAUGUUUUAUCCCAACGUCACUAGAGAUUGCCCCUUGCCAGAGUAUGGAUUCCUCCUUUGUAACCAGGAUACAGAAGAAUCAUGCAAUUAUAAGUGUUGCAAGAAUUAUUUUUGCUUUCGCUUUUAUGAUCUGAAUGAAGAAGGUGAGUGGGAUAUACGCGAAUGGUGUUUUGUUUGGAACUGCACCGAAAAAGUGCAAAACGAUAUGUGCGACUGUGUCUAUGAUUAUCAGUACAUACCAGUAAACAUCUACAUGUAUAUCGGAGUUGUUGAAGAUCCUGUUACAGAUGAACCAUAA